UUAUAUAACAAAGCUAAAAAGUCGGGAAAAGAAACUGACUGGUCUAAGUUUAAGACGGCUAAGAAACAACUGAGUAAGAACUUGAAAAGUGCUAGGGAUACAUAUUUGUCUGGUUAUUUAACUGAUACUAUGCAAGAAAAUCCUAAGGCCUUUUGGUCCUAUAUCAAGAGAUUACGACAAGACAACCCAGGCGUUGAAGAUUUUAAAAUGGAUAAUGAACUCAUCAGCGAUGCCGGUUUAAAGUCUGAGGUACUUAGUAAACAAUUUGCUAGUGUUUUCACGACAGAAAAUGUCGAGAAUAUACCAACUCCAGGAAGUAACUUCACGCUUGCCAUUGGUAAUAUUGUGAUCACGGUGAAAGGAGUCGAGAAACAACUAGCAUCCUUAGAUGCAAAGAAAGCAAGUGGACCGGAUGGAAUUCCACCAUGGUUUCUAAAAGAAAAAGCAAGUCAAAUAGCACCGAUUCUGACAGAUAUCUACCAGGAAUCAAUUAGUAGCGGUAGCUUACCUGGCAAAUGGAAAGAAGCCAAUGUAUGUGCGGUAUUUAAAAAAGGGAAAAAGUGUGACCCGGGAAACUAUCGGUCGAUAUCUUUAACCUGCAUCGCUAGUAAGGUUUUAGAACAUAUUGUGCAUAGCCACUUAAUGAAGCAUCUCGAAAGGCAUCGCAUACUCAUUGAUAAUCAGCACGGCUUCCGGGCUAAACGAUCCACAGAAACUCAACUGAUAUGCACUACUCAUGAUAUUACUAAUGCUAUUCAACAAAACAAACAAGCAAAUUUGGCUAUUUUAGACUUCUCAAAAGCUUUUGAUAAAGUCCCUCAUCAGAGAUUAUUGACGAAGUUGGAGUACUAUGGGAUUCGGGAUCCACUUCAAGAAUGGUUUAAGUCGUUUCUUAUAGAUCGAAGUCAAGUUGUGGUAUGUGAUGGCGCGACAUCAACUCCUAUUACAGUUACUUCUGGCGUACCGCAGAGCACAGUUCUUGGUCCUGUUUUGUUUCUACUGUAUAUAAACGACUUGGCUGAAGAAUUGAAAUCUACUGUAAGACUGUUUGCCGAUGAUGCCCUGCUGUACUGUUUUAUUGAAAGUGAUGUAGAUGCAGAUUCUCUUCAAGCUGAUUUGUGUAAAUUAGAGGAGUGGCAAGACCGCUGGCAAAUGGAGUUUAAUUCGACCAAGUGUAAAGUGAUGUGCAUUACAACUAAAAAGAAUAUCAUAAAGAAACAGUAUAUGUUCUGUGGCCAAAUACUGGAAGAAGUCGAAGACCAUCCAUAUCUCGGGGUGAUGUUUGAUAAUAAAAUGAAAUGGUCAUCUCAUAUAUCUAACACCACUCGGAAGGCAAAUGUCGUAUUACAUGUUAUCAAGAGGAACCUAUGGAACUGUCCAAGAGAUGUCAAGGAAGUUGCUUAUAAAAGUCUUGUAAGACCAACGCUUGAAUAUGCGUCUACAGCAUGGGACCCUUACUAUAAGAAAGAUGUUGCUGCUGUUGAAAGAGUUCAGAGAUCAGCGGCACGAUUCUGUUUAAAAAAUUACGAUCGAACAGCUAGCGUAUCAGCCAUGCUGAAAGAGCUGGAUUGGGAUACAUUGGAAACAAGAAGGAAACGUACGCGCCUAUGUAUGAUGUACAAGUUAAGUCGUGGUCUACUUAACUUGAACACGGAAAACGUGCUGGUUCCAAGUCAAGAAACAAGAACACGAAAUAGUCAUACGUUCAAAUAUAGAGUACCUCGAGCUACAAAGGACAUUUUUAAAUAUUCUUUCUAUCCUAGAACGCUAACUGAGUGGAACAGUCUUCCAAAGGAAUUAGUUUUAUCAGAAACUCUAGAUACUUUCCAGAGUGAACUCAAGAAUUUUAUUAAGUAAUAUUUUAUUAUUGAUUGGUUGAGAUAGUUGCAGUUAGGUUUUUUGAAUUUGUAUUUUGUAUUGUUAUAGUUGGUGCGAUAAUCGUCCGAUUUUUACCGACUUAAUAAAAUGUAGAUGUAGAUACAUCGCCGACCAUAUAACAUCUCAUGCAUGCAACUUUUGCGCUUAGGUUCCGUAUACGUAAGCAAUCCUAUGUAAGUCACCAACACACGACCUGCCCAACUUUCGUGCGAAUAAAUUAUGCCAAACUUUACCAGCUCGUCAUUCGAAUUCUACGGUGAGAACGGAUCCAGUGCUGUCAGCCAAUAGGGAACUGCAGUUUUGACGAUUGUCUCGUUCACUAAUGAGGCUUUACGUUUGUUACUUGCUUCGGUGCAUGUUAUAUACCUAUUACAUCAAGUAUUGCGAUUACUUACGUUAUUUACUUAGCCUUGACUAUUUAUCUUUACAGCAAUUGAAAUAUUACUUUCCUAACUCUGCGAGAGAAAAUAGGAGCAUCCGGAGAAAACCCUCGACCUGCGGUAGAGUGUUGACACACUCUUGACACAUCAGUCUGUAGCGAGAAUCGAACUCACGAUCUCAGAGGUGGAAGGCGCUUGCUCAGACACCUGCGGCAGCAAGCAUUCUUGGUGACUGAAAAGAAUGUCUUUAGAGCAGAAAGUAUUUCCAUGCAGUAAGUGUAUUUAAGUUCUUCAUCCCAUUUUCCUUUGCUAUUUCAAAUCUAGAGAGAAAAAGCUUUAACUGUACAUUCAACAAUGGCACUUGCGGGUGGGAAUUGGUUGGAAACACAAAGGCCGAAUUUCACACCGGUAAGUAACUAAGUGUGCAAAAGUCUUAAAUGGUGCCAUGCAAAGAUGUUCAUCUUUCAUGCAAUAGUUGGGCAUUCCAAAAUAUUUUGUGACUAUCUUCCUUAAUUAAACAAAUGGUAUACGUGUUUGUGUCUGGGAUUUUAGCAAAUGUAUUCCUUAAUUUUAUUUUCUUUCAUUCUUGCGACUAACCAAUCACUUUAUGACAUCUUGAUGGAGCUUAAAUAAGCGUAUCAUCUUAUAUAAACACCUCUUACUGUCACAUGCAAAAAUCGGCUUCAAAAUUCUUACUACCUGUAUACUCCCCGAAAAGUUACAUACUGUAUAAUAUGGUUUGCUCUGUUUCUUUUUAAUUGUUAGCUACAUAGCCAACAGCAAGUUAUUGUGCAAAAUUAUAUAAUCUUUUUGCUAUAAAGCCACGAAUCAAUGUUGCAAAGGUAAUCUUGUUCACAAAUGUUCAAGGUUUAUGAAAAUGCCAGUUGCCAGGUGGUGACAGAAAACUCCAUCAAAAUGUAAAUCAGACGACCAUGGUCGUCCAUGUGCAUGCUAAUAUCGCUUAUGUUUUCCAUUUUAUAGGUCUAAAUCAGUACACUAUUAGAAACGAUGAUAUCUCUUUUCCAACAUUAAGAAGUCCAAAAAUUUCUGAACACAAUGCCUGCUUUACUCUCCAAUAUGCCGCAACAUCAGACAGUAAUUUCGGCGAGAGGAGACCGUUUGUAUUCAUUAGAAUUUCAAAUAAUAAUCAAUUGCUGCCAUUAUGGACUAACAAUGUUAAUCAGGAACGAGGAAAAUGGCGCACAGUAAAUAUUUUACUGUCUCAUAAAAGUGGUUUCAAUCAGGUGAACCGUUUGUUUGUUAAAAGUUAAUUUUUAAUCUAUUCCGUGUAUAGUAAUCGACAUUCGCGCGGAAGAAUGAAUCGUUUCAGUCGAGC